AGAAUAUUUUUAAUACCUCGACGAAGCCUAAUUACUUUAAAAAUUAAAGUUCUUAAGUUGUGUUUCUAUACAUGCAGCAGUUAGACGUUUAAAAAAAAAGAAAUAUAAAUUUAUUAUUAUUCGAAACAAAAAAAAUUGUGACCAUGAAAAUUUUACUGUGUUGUAUUUUGGCUGUUAUUUCCGUUUCGCAGGCAAUGGUCCCACUCGAACCGCAACAUCCUCGAUCUAGUGGGUACAUUGACCAAAAUAGCGCACCUAAUCAGAAAACCAGUGUACCGAGUGACAAAUCAGAUCAACCCGUGGGAGAAAAAUUUUCAAAUAUGCUCCAAGAUUUGACUUUGUACUUAAAAUUCUUGGAGGGAGAGUCUAAUAUUGAUGUACUUUCGGCACUAUCUGUAGUGAAUGAUCUGAUUGAAAUUCAUUCAAGUAGAAUUUUGAGUUCUAUGGGCAAUAACUUGGAUACUGAAAGCAAAAAUAGAAAAAACAGAGCAAGGUUGCCGAAAGUUGAAAAAGAUAAUAAUUUUAUUCCGGGUGAAACUGAGUUGACUGAUACUGUUAGUAAUCUUCUUGGAAGUUAUAUAGAAUAGGGUUUUCGCGGAAAAAAUUUCGAAUGUAACCAAUUUAAUCGCUCUUACAUCAGUCA